AUGCUUGACUCUGAAUAUGAGCAACAAAUGCUUAACUAUGACACAGAGUUCGGAGACAAAUCUACUUCAUCCUACAUCACCUCUGACCCAAGGACCACAUCCACCUCAACACGGGUUGAAAGUUCAUCGUCAUCUGAUGAUUACUACAGCCUCAGCAGCACCGAUGAUGACAACUGUUUUGAAAUAAUCUCAAGAAGUCAGUGGGGUGCACUACCACCUAACAGACCAGAUGAAAUGAUAGGCAUAGAAGCCCCACUGUACUACAUAUCCCUGUCAUACAACAGUGGAGUAGAAUCAUGCAAAAGCUUGGAGGAAUGCUCUUCAAGAAUGAGAGAGAUCCAGAAAAUUCACUUGGAAGAAAGAUUUCUGGCAGAUAUUGGUUACAAUUUCCUGAUUGGUGCAGACUUGAGGGUCUAUGAGGCGAGGGGGUGGAUAGAUAAACCUGAUCUAAGUUUGCGAUAUCCUGAGCUGGUUAACUAUAGGUUGGACAUUGCGUUUAUCGGAGAUUACAGAGUCCGUCCUCUCCCGAUGAAAAUGCUUGAAAAAGCAAUAGACUUGGUUCGUCACGGUGUUUCAGAAAACGUUGUUAGCGAAGACUUUGAAUUCAUCGGACUCAGUGAUGUAGAACCACGAGAUGAUUAUAUCGAGUUCCAGAAGUCUAUACCACCAAUAAGUCAAAGGAGCAAAGGAAGAGGAAGAGGUAGAGGUAGAGGAAGGGGAAGGGGGGGAGCUUUUAGUGGGAGGGGAGCAUUCAGUGGUAGAGGAGCAAUGGGUGGAAUCCAAGCAAGUAGUGGCCGUGGGGCAAGUCAGCAAGGGAAGACCAGAAAAAAGUCCAAGAAAGUCACCACAGUUGACGACUUACUCAAAUUUUAA